AUGGCGGUGUUCUCUUGGACCAAGGUCGCGCCGACUGGCGGCUCUGCGCUGGUCCACCCGAUUGUGCAUCGAAACACCUUUGCGUUUGCGGUGAGCAUCGCCAUGCUUCUCAACAUUGUGUGCAUGCCCAUGAAGGCGUAUCUGUCCGAGACCCCUCCGUGGGCAGCAAUGGAAACCCCACCGACGUAUGCCAACGACUCGGACUUCAACUUGCAAACGCUCGCUCGAAUGCAAGCAACGUACAACGCCUCGACGCUGCCGGCAGCAGCUGCCUUUUACGACGACAGCGCCCGCAACGUUCAAGUCAUGCGCCACAUCCUCGUCAUGAACCACAGUCCCAUUCCGGUUGAUGACUGCCACGAACACUUUCUCGUCGGCUUACCCAGCGCUCUCUUCUACGGUGCUGGCAUCCGCAGCGUUCUCUGUGCCUUUGCCGCCGCCAACCACUCGUCGCCAAGCGAUCACACGUGGGACCGCCGCGGCGCGUGCGUGCACAACUUGUUCUUGACGGUCGCCAUUGGCCACCACUGCGUCUGGCUUCGCGCCGGCAACGAGCUCGCCGGCAGCAACACCAGCAGUCAUGACACGUACACGCUAGUGGCCGUGCACGCCGUCUACACGCACCGAAUGUUGUACUGGUUCAAAUUUGUCUACCGCGUUGGCAUCUCACUCCUUACGCUCCACCUCAUGUGGACCAAGUACUUUGUGCACUGCUUGCACCUUGAGGCGCUGCUGCGCCAACGCGGCCACCGCGCUCGUCUCCAGAGUCAUUGGCGCUACGAGGUGCUCUACGGUGACCCGACCGCGAUCAUCCUCAUGCACCCCGGUGUCGCCACCGCCUUCUUCUUCGAUUGUUGCCUCAGCGUCGAGACUGUCACGGUCGUCAUGACCCGCGCGUCGCAAAGCGUUGACGUCAGUAUUAUGCUCCUGGCGUUCAUGUACCUCUCUCGGACCGUACGUGCCGGAAACAUCUGUUUUAUAAAUCACUUUUUUUCUGAUUCUGCAGUUGUAAAUAGGUCUGGUGUGCCUAUACCGCCGUGUGUUUGGUCGCGAGUUAUCUUAAGCGAUGCCACAAGGAACACUUGUUUCACGAAGUAG